GUUUCUCGGUCAAUGGCAACGACCCACAAGGACACUCUCGACACCAUGACGAUGCGAGUGUCCAAACCGCACGACGAGUUGGCUGUGUGCAAUGAAAAGUAUGUCAAGGACUGCACCGAGCUCGUCAUGUCGAGCCGCGGCAUCGACGUGAUCGGCAACUUUGACGCGUUCGUGUCGCUUGAAGUGCUGUGGCUGAACAGCAACAAUAUUGAAUCGAUCACGGGCCUGGAUUCUUGUGUCCGCAUCCAGUACUUGUACCUCCAAAACAAUCGGAUUUCGUCGCUGGACGGAUCGCUCCGCCACUUUUCAUUCUUGAAGGAGCUCCGUUUGUACAACAACAUGCUCCAAGAUUUGCACACCACGUUGAAACUCUUGGAGAAAUUCGUGCAUCUGGACGACCUGGAUUUGUUUGGGAAUCCGCUCGCGGAAGAAGACAAGUACCGACUCCACGUGAUCGCGAGCAUUCCAUCCUUGCACGUCUUGGAUCGGCACGUGAUCACUCUCGAGGAACGAGUGGCCGCGAAGAAGCUGGCCAUCAAGCGUUCUGGUCUCUCGGCCACUGCAUCGCCGCAUGGUCGCCGACCCAAAGUGUCGACGGCCGAGCGGUACGCUCCAUUGUCAGGAACGGUCAAGAUGCUUUUGAAAGAAGUCGCCACCAUUGAGCGCGAGCAGCAGCAAGCGCAAGACUUGGAGCGGAAAAAGUGCUUUGACUUGAUCUCCGAGACAAAUGUCGGGCCAGGCCCGACUUCCCCUCACACGACUGACGCAGCCAAGGGCAUGGCGCGUGCAUGCGGCAUGGACGAAUGGGUUUUUUGUCAUCUGCGCAAGGUGUUUCGGAAUUUGGACUCGAAGAAAUUGGGGGGUGUCUUGGGCACGCAAUUUCCCACUCUCGUGUCCGAGAUGCUCGAUCAAGGCCACCAGUUGAUCUGGAACGACCAGCCGCUGACGGAGGAGUCCAAUAUCUCGGCCCUGCUGCCUCUUCUCGGCAAAUCUAUUGGACCGGACCCCGACGACGACGAUGAAAAGCCCAGGCAUUUGAUUGCUUGGGGAGCGUUUUCGCAGGCGCUAACUCAAAAACACGUUGGCCCCAACCACGAGCCUUUGUUUUGGGCACCACUGGGGCUUGCCGCCCUCGCCGAGCGUUCGGAGGACUACUUCGACAAGGCGAAAGCGCUCGAGAAGAAACUGUCUGUCAUGGCCACCCAUCACAACGAGCUCAAGCAGCAAGUCCAUGUUUUCACGCAACGCGGCUAUCACCUCGACGCGCUCAAGGAACAACUCUCGUCAUUGUCCAAGGAUGAAUUCGUCUUGCAUCAUCGAGAGCAGCAGCAUCAGACCCGGCCAGCGGUCUUGCGGGAUUCGGUGUCCCUGUACUCGUACAAAACCAAAGGACGUCAUCACGUCGGCGACGACGACGUAACAGGUGCCUCGAUUGUGUCACUGGCAAAGAAAUACCACGUCAAAUCCAAGGAUUUCCAAACGUUCCUUCAAGCCAAAGAAGCGAGGAAGCCCGUCCGAGUGUCCAAGGAAUCGAUCGCGGUUUGAACCGCAGACAAUUUGAGAGAAAAACGUGAGCACGAGAUGCCAUCCGACUCCAAACUCUCGACUCUCCACCCUGGAUUUGUCUGCAUAAUUUGAAUCCGUCGAUGAUGGUGCACCGGCCUUUCAACGAUCAUUCCUGUAACAUUAAGGAAACCACACGUCAGAACGUA